AGGAAAGCGCGUUCCCCUCACUCAUGAAUAUCGAAGAUGCCUCGCGCAGCUGAGAUAUCUGUCAAUGAACGCGAGUUCAUUCUGCAAGGUCUCAAGGAGAACAUCCGCCUAGAUGGCCGACCCUUUGACGCCUUCCGAAGUCUCGAGCUCAAUUUCGGCGACGAGCAUGGCGUCGCAGAUGUCCAGUUAGGCAAGACUAGAGUGAUUGCAAGAGUGUCCGCAGAAGUCACUGCGCCCUUUGUAGAUCGCAAAUUCGAUGGCAUUUUCAACAUCAGCACCGAAUUCUCGCCAAUGGCGUCGCCUGCAUUCGAAAUCGGCCGUCCUACAGAAGCCGAAAACAUCCUUUCCCGAAUCCUUGAGAAAGCUAUCCGUCGCAGUGGAGCCCUCGACACCGAGUCACUCUGUAUUAUCGCAGGCUUGAAAUGCUUCUCACUGCGCGCCGACCUACACAUCUUAGACCAUGACGGUGGGCUGAUUGAUGCGUCCUGCAUCGCAGUCAUCGCCGCUUUACAGCAUUUCCGGCGACCGGACGUAGCGGUGGAGGGCGAGAAUGCGACGAUCUUCAGCAUACGAGAACGCGAACCGAUACCACUGUCAAUCCUCCAUCACCCAAUCUGUGUGACCUUCUCAUACUACAACGCUGGAGAAAUCAUGCUGAUGGACGCCAACCUUGCUGAAGAGCAGGUCCGCGAGGGAGAAGCGGUGAUUACAAUGAACAGACAUGGCGAAGUCUGUCAAAUCGCCAAGUAUGGGGGUGUUUCGGUGGACCCAAUGGCUCUACUGAACUGCACUAGUGUCGCGCUGGAAAAAGUCAAGGACAUCACUAAAUUCAUCCAGCGGAGAUUGGAGGAGGAUGCGAAGAAGAGAGAUGUCGGUGGCUUGAUUGCGGAACUCAGCGCUGAAAACGCUAGAUGAUGGGCGGUACGCCAUACGACGAGGCCAGUCGACUUGUGCAAACUCCUUGAUCAAAGGACUGACGAAGUGGAUCUUGCUUGGAAGCAUGUCAGAUGGGCACGAGUCCUCGAUGAUAUGAGAUACCCUUCUGGAUUGGGUAUAAAGGCUUCGAAACAGCGUUCGUACGAAGUCGCGCGAACUGGUGCAAAUGCCGCACGAAUAAUU